UUUGUCGAAUCUGGAUUGGUCAAUCACUUGACGAUGCAAAGAAUUUUUGUCCACUUAUGAGAAAAGCUUAAUUUCGUGUAAACGAGCUCAGACUUGCUAGACACAUAUAUACAUAUAAAAAUAAGCUAACUUAUUUAAUUCGGAUAUUUUGAUGCACCUAUAUAAAAAAAUUAAUAUCACAAAAAUACUUAAACCUAAAUUAGCGAUUCUUUAUCUCGUUCUAAAUCAGAGUCCUUUAUUAAUAAAAAAGAAAGAAAUAAAGUUAACCUAAUCACUUUGAUACAAUUGGAGAGAUGAAUUGGUUCACAAUUGACAAUCUUGCAUGUAUAGUGCUUUAAAUAAAUAUUUUUAAACGAAUGAAUAGAGUAAUAAAUAAUUGUUUCGAUUUCUGAUACAUGAAAAAGUGUAAAUACAACGCAAUGUCAGAUAAAACGGUAUUUGUUACUGUUGGCACAACAAAAUUUGAUAAUCUUAUAAUUACCGUACUAAAUCGUGCAGUCUUAGAGGCCCUAUCGGCGCGUAAUUACAGACAUCUAAUUUUGCAAAUUGGCAAUAGCAGUUUAGAACUAGACUGCACUGCACGUUAUGGUUUCGAUAAAAUAGAAACAUUUAAAUUAAGUCCAUCCAUUGGAAAGUAUAUGCAAUCGGCAGAUCUUGUGAUAAGCCACGCGGGUGCGGGAAGCGUACUGGAAGCUUUAGAAAAACGCAAACAUUUAAUUGUAGUGAUCAAUGAUCUUCUCAUGAACAAUCACCAAGUAGAAUUAGCUGAGCAGCUAUACAAAGAUGAAUAUUUAUAUUACUGUACUUGUCAAAGUUUGUUGCACAUUGUACAAACAAUGGACUUGGCAAAAUUGAAACCAUUUGUUAAUGACAAAAGUGCAGAUAUUGCUAAGUAUAUUAAUAAAAUAAUGGGAUUUAGGUGAUAAAACAGUUUUGUAUAUAAAACAAUUAUACAAAAGUCAAAUAGCUGUGGGAACAAACAGCAAAAUUUAUAUAUAUAUUUCAAUUUGUAACACACUUUACAAUAUAAGGAUACACGAUCCAUAGAGUUUAAAGAUUACUGUGUAAUAUAUUACGCUUGAUAUAAUUUACAAUAAAAUAUACUGUGUAUAUACUUAAACAACCGUUCUUCAAAAAACUAUGCUUACAUAGAAAAAUUUAUAACUUUGCAUUAGUCAAAACUGUUAUAGACAAAUGGCAGUUUAACGUUCCCUUAGAUAAUUUGUAAAUUAUUCUUAAGACAUCUGCCACUAUUAACGCAACAGCUAAUGUAAAAGUAUUAUAAACAAUUGUUUGCAGUUAAAUAAAUUCUUUAAAAAA